UACAAAUCGCCUGGGCUCUUCGGUGCUUGGCUGUGCAGACAUCCAACGGUCCAUUCAUCCGACGCGGACACGACCCACGCUCCCACCCGCCGCAGAAGCACGGACGCUCGGACUAAAACAUGCCCUGUCGAAAGGAAAACUACAUAUUUCUGGAGCAGUCGGUGACGGUGGACUCCAAAGAGGUGGACGCGCUGGUGACGAAGAUCGGAGAGGCGCUGCAGCUUCACAACAAUGGCUCUGGACACCAUCAGAAGGCGAUGUCCAUGUCCUGUCUGCACGGUAUCACUGCAGGUAAUGCGGCCGGAGCAGGCGGGAAACAGACGGCUCUGAUCGGGGCCAGCGCUGGAGCGGGGAUCCAGAGGGGACACGGAUGCUGCUUAAGGCUCCGGAGCCGGGGACAGCACCGGGGGAGCAGCCGGGCGAGUCCGUACCACAUCCCCGGCUCUAGCGACCAGGAGUGGGACCAAAUCCGGCCGUGGAACAAGAAGCGGCUGGCGGUGGAGGAGGACGACCCACACCGGCUGCUACAGGAGCUUAUUCUAUCCGGGAAUUUGAUAAAAGAAGCGGUGAGGAGGCUGCAGUUCUCCGCGGCGGACUGUGGAGACUGCGCGGAGAACGUGUCGUGUUGACGCCGUUGAGGACGCACUCUGCCGCGGACACAGGGCUCGAGUCUGCCCGCUCCCCCCCUCCCAGGACUGUUCACGCGGACGAUUUAGGGUUUAAUUUCAUUUUUUAAAAGACUGGUAGCUAUGUUUUCUAAUUCUUUUUUGGAUUUCAUCAUGUGGUGUUUUGAAGGCGAGCUGUGAUGAAGCUUGGCCACCUCAUUCUGCGCCGGUUUUGUGUUUUUUUUUUUUUUUUUUUUGUGGUCUAUUUCCACAUUAAUCCACAAAGGUGUCACAGAAAACAUAUUGGCGAAUGCUCAGCUUAAUUUGAGAUUCUGAAUCGAGUUAACUAUGCAAAGUCUUGGUAAAUAUCUCAGCAGUGAAUCCUUGUUUGGAUCUGGCCACAGGGUUUGGGUAAAUCUGUUUCUUGGCACGUUUUCCACGUCAACAGCUCCAAAAGAGAGGCGCCUUUGAGCCAAACACUCUGGACAAACGUGGCCCUAAACUCUGCAGUGAAGCCACAAACUGCACAAUUUAGUAUUUUUAAGACUCUUGAGUGAAAGUUACACUCCUUACACGGACAUUUAGCUGCAAAACGCACAAUUUGGACAUGCUAAUUGUUGCUGAAAUGUUAAAAAUAACCUAUUGAUUUUCUGGGUGUAUUCUUUGGUUUGUCUGGGGUUAAAGUUCCAUCAGAAUCAGUCACAACACCGGCUUAUCUUUCUGUGUGAGUGCCAUGUUCAAGGAUACAGCUCCAAACACAUCUUAUCACGUUUAUUUUUGAGCCAAAGGUUUUAUUUGUUUGGUUUUUUUACACUACGAAUCAAAAUCACAUGAACUUUCCCUUUUUGCUUUAUGUAAACAAGCAAAGAUGGAGGUUCAAACGUGGUUUUUAUGCAACGUGACAUCACCAAACCUUUUUGUUUCCCCCUCCUGAACCUAAAAUCAGUAGUAUUUUUUUUGUUUUAAAAAUUUAAACCAACGAAAUUCACUAAAAAUGUAAAAGCGUAAUUGUUGUUUAGCAGAGUUAGCCGGGCUAGCUGCUAACGGUGCUAACAGCUAACAGAGCCACGCCGUUUGUUUGGGUUCGAAUGUCACCACUUCCGGGAUGUAGUGCGGCUUCAAAACUGCUCUUUAGAACAAAAAAUAAGCAACAAAACCCGAAUCUUUUCAGAGUUUAUCGCCAAAUUUGGGUGUAUGCAAUGAUAUUUCUGCUGUAAUUUGGAUUGAACUACACUUAAAAGCUCUAUUGUUUUUGUAUCAAUGGGGAAAUAAUGAAAUCUAGGUGUGGCAAAGGCAGUUUUUACAUUGCAAAAAUAGUUUGGAACUUUCCCAAGACAUUACUCAAUCUAAAAGACGUAAAAGCAGUCAUUAUUUCAGCUUUGCAAUUGGACUAAACUGCUUGACCUGGUUUUGUUUUGAGACAAUCAUUUAACAUAAUUUGACAUGCUUAGUUCUAAAUGAGUAAGUGGAAGUUAGUGGCUGGUUUGCUGGUACACUGGUGUUAUCAUUACAAAGGCUGCAGGUUCUUUGUGGGGGUUGGGGCUUGUUUACAUGUUAAACUGUGAUCUUGUCUUGUAUUUCCUGUAUUUUUACAUUGAAUUCAGUCCCCUCUCUCAUUCAAAACCAGACUGUUCCUCUAUGGCAGCUCAAAUUGGGGACUUGGACACAUACUUUUCCUUUUGGCUGUAUCUCUUGGACUGGUACUCGUAAACUUUGUGAGAAUUCCUACGUGGAUUUAGUUUUGUUUUUUGUAUUUUGGUUUGUGUAAAAACCACUUCGUAACGGAGUAUUAUAACGUUCCUGAUUAUUCAGGGUUUGUUGUCUUAAUAAACGCCAUUUUGUUUUUACUA